AUGACGGCUGAGCCGCAUACGCAUUUGGGACUGCAAAAAACUAACAUGGAUUUUGUGAACGACUUUGACCUGAUGAAGUUCGGCGUCAAGAAGGAAGCGAUGCAGGGGAUGGAGCGCUCUUUCAUCGGGCCGUGCAGUCAGCUCCAGAGACCGGACUCUGUCUCCUCCACUCCAGCCAGCACACCUUGCAACUCGGUGCCCUCGUCACCAAACCUCAAUCCAAACGAGCAGAGGAAUAACCCCGGGAAUGACCAGUUCUGGGUACCAAACAACGGGGGUUACCCACAGCAAAUGUACCCCCAGGCUUUUGGUCUGACCCCCGAGGACGCAAUGGAGGCCUUGAUCGGUGCCACGGCGCAGCAGGGACACCCAUCUGCACCCCACAGCCACCAGCCGCCACCUUUCCAAGCUGAUUACGACGGGUACGGACAUCUGUGCGAGCCUGGCCAGCACUACCCGGGACUCCCGAGUCACCCUGACUUGCAGGGCAUCCCGAGCAGCCACUGUCAAGACCCCUUUCUCAAAGAUGACCUGGGUAGCGCGUCCCCUCAGUCGCCAGAGGCCCAGCAGGUCCUUGGUUCGCACCACCACCACCACCUCCAGCAGCACCACAGCCGUCACGACAGGCGAUCCAAUGCUGAGAGCCACUUCUCAGACGACCAGCUGGUGUCCAUGUCGGUUAGGGAGCUCAACCGGCUCCUCAGAGGCCUCAGCAAGGACGAGGUGAUGCGUCUGAAGCAGAAGCGCCGGACCCUGAAAAACAGAGGUUACGCACAGUCCUGCCGCUACAAGCGAGUGCAACAGAAGCACAUCUUGGAGCACGAAAAGACCAACCUGGCCUCACAGGUCGAGCAGCUGAAACACGAACUCAACAGACUGGUCCGGGAAAGAGAUGCAUACAAAUUAAAAUGUGAGAAACUGUCCGGUGCGAACUGUUACCACGAAACCGGGUCCACCAGUGACAAUCCUUCCUCCCCCGAGUAUUUAAUGUGA